AUGGGAAUAGAGUGUACAUCUUUUCAUAAUGUUGCACAAAAAUCAUAUGAUGAUUUGUUAAAUGAGACUCAAGAUAUACGAAAUACAAUUGAGAAAUUUACAGAUGAAGAUCGUAAGAAGAAUAGAUUGAGAUUGAAGACUAUUAUUUAUGCAGUCCGUUGGUGUGCCUUUCCAGCAAUUGCAUUUAGAGAUCAUAAUGAAAGACCAGAUUCCAUUAACAAAGGAAAUUUCCUUGAAAUGUUAGAGGCAAUUUGUUCUUUUAACAAUGAGUUGAAAGAAUUGUUUUGUACUGCGCCUAAACAUGCAUCAUAUACAUCACCAACAAUUCAAAAAGAGAUUUUAAACCUUAUCUCUAAUAGGGUGAGACGGACGAUUUGUGAUGAGAUUGAUGAUGGCGUUAUUGUGGAACGUUUCUUUAGACUUGUUCAUGUUCCAGAUACUACAUCACAAACUCUGAAGAAUAGAAUAUAUUUCCUAUUGAUACAUAACAAUCUUGAUUUUAAGUCGAUUUGUGGUCAAGGGUAUGAUGGUGCAAGCAAUAUGCGAGGUCAUUUCAAAGGGUUGCAAGCAUUAACUUCGAAGGAUUGUCCGUCUGCGUAUUAUGUUCAUUACUUUGCUCAUCGAUUGCAAUUAGCAUUAAUGGCCACUUCACAAGGAGUUAUUGCGUUGCAAAAGUUUUUUUUUACUAAGUUAUCUUUUGUUAUCAAUGUCGUUGAUGCUUCUUCCAAGUGUUCUGACCAACUAAGAGAUGCAUAA